UCAACUGCAUCCGCAUCUUCCUCUUCUAGGAACAAAAUGCUUACCCUGCAGCGUGCAAAACAGGUUUUGGAACGCAAAUUCGGGCAUAGGGAGUUCCGCUCGAGACAACAGGACGUCAUCAUGGCAGCUUUAGAUGGCAGAGAUGUACUCACAGUGAUGCCCACGGGAGCCGGUAAAAGUCUAUGUUAUCAGUUGCCGGCAGUCGUAGCAGGCGAGGAGCCGUUGGCGGGUAGAACAAGUGACCAACCGAGCAAAGUAGCUUUUGUGGUAUCGCCAUUAAAGAGCCUGAUGAAGGAUCAAGUCGACGAUUUGCAAAGAAAGGGCAUAGCUGCAGAAUGGUUUCAUGUUACGGCUACUCAGUACUGUACCAGAGUUAACUAAUUUGUUUCCAGCUACGUCGGAUUCCAAGUACGUAGGGGUAGACUGGGGAAGAGAAUUGGCGUUCUAACUUACUACUUCUCUAUGAUGUCGAAGAUGAGUAGAAGUGUAUAAGUACAUAUUAUAGUGUUGUACUCACCACAACUACAACAAGGCCUUCGAAACAGCGCUAAUCUUCGCGAAAUGCAGUGGAGCCAGGAGAGGACCAUACUGGAAAAUCUGGAAGCUUUAGCCACAGGCAACGGCGCUGCCCGUGUCCCCUAUUUGGUUUAUCUGUCUCCGGAAAAACUGCUAGCUGCUUUUGAGCGCGUCGCCAAUCCCUCUUUUAUUUCCUUUAAGGGCGUGCUAGACGCGUUAUACCGAAGUCAGAAGAUCAGCUUCUUUGUCGUGGAUGAGGCCCAUUGCGUCAGCAACUGGGGACUGGACUUUAGACCAGAAUAUCGACAAUUGCCUGUUUUGAGGAGGCAUUAUUAUGGCGCCAGGACCUUACUUCUAGUUCUAUUUUUGCCGAGGCACUGUAUUGGUCUAAGAAGAGAGGGGUUUUGAGCAUGAUACGCCUACGAUGAGCUGUCCUACUUCGAUAUUAUGUUAAUGGUUGUCUUUGUGGUCAAUUGCCGUGGUCACCUCCUCCACUUUUUAGCACUCUAAUUCCUUCCCCAAGUCCCUAUUCUUGCCUGUACAGCAAGCGCGACACGACAUUGCAGAGACGACAUUGCUUCUGUGUUGUUCCAAAACCGUGGAAGCUUGUCAAUUUUUGUCGACAGCUUUGACCGUAAGAAUUUGUCGCUGAUAGUACGGCCAAAGGAAGCAAACCUGACGAAAACGAAUGCGGACACGUUUUUUCGUGGCAUCGUGGACGUCAUGCGCGAGUCUUUAGAAAUAGACGCGAGACGGAAUCGCGGAGGAGCAAAUUCUGGUGGGAGUUUUUAUGACGCUGAGGCUUAUGAUUACUGAGAUCGAAGAGGCGACCCCUUGAGAGAACAGGGGAAAACGAAGGGAAAGGGGAGAGCUUUGAAGGGGGUCCCUUCCGUUCGGAGUCAGUGACCCUUGAAUGCUGAGCUUUAAUAUGAUCAAUUCCAAAGGUAAUCCAAACUCCACCGGUAAAUCUGAACCCAAACAUCUCACGUCUCUAAUCCCUACCGCCGAUGGCAAACUUGGGCGCUUGCAUUCUCUACGUGCUAUCGAAAGCGGAGUGUGAUACAAUAGCCAAGGGGCUACGGUCUCUGAAAGUGAAGGCGCAACCUUAUCACGCGGGGCUACCAUCGGAAACCAGGAAAGCAAAUCAAGAUUAUGAAAGGAAAAGCGUGAGUCUAGAACGUGAAUCUCUUCGAGCACCACGGACUCCUCAACAUGGGAUUCCGUAUUGAAAACUCCAUGUAAUUUACAACUACAGGCCUUGAAAUUCGAAGAACCGGCCUUUACUUUUUCUAUCCCUUGUUCAACAAAGAUUACACCUCGUCCUCCAAUUAUAAGUCUACAAAAUUACUCUUGUUUUUCUAUCCCUUGUUGUUAUAACUACAGACGAAGCAACCACACCCAGACCCAUCUCCCUUCUUCUCCUUUCAUCUCCUAGCCUGGAUGGCGGGUCGAGUUCAAGUGAUAGUAGCAACGGUCGCGUUCGGAAUGGGCAUCAACAAACCAGAUGUCCGCUUCAUUGGCCACUUGGUCAUGCCUAGCUCUAUUGAGCGGUAUUAUCAUUAUGAGCGAAGAUGAAGAAGCACUCGGAGUCGGACUCGUUUCUAUUAAUUAAUUAAGAGAGCGUAUGUUUAAUUAAGAGAAGGGAAAACAAACAAGAUCCCGAUUUCACUGGUAUAAUCAAGGAUAAUUGCGUGAUCAUCUUCAGGCAGCGAGCUUAUUCCAAGGCUCUAAUCCCAAGAAGUUGGUCGUGCCGGUCGUGAUGGGAAGGGUAGUACCUGCGUCUGCUGGUUCUCCGACCGCGACUAUGAACGAAAUAAACGUCUCAUAA